AUGGGGAAUGCUGAUCUUGACAAUGUGUCAGAUUGGCUACAAGCGGUGAAUAUGCUCCCUUCUUUAUUGGAGCUACACCUACGUAAAUGUGGACUUGUAAGUCUUCCGCAGUCUAUUUCCUUCAUCAACUUCACUUUGCUUUCAGUCCUUGAUCUCUCUGGCAACAACUUUAAAUCCCCAAUACCUUGUUGGUUGUCAAAUGUGAGUGGCCUUUCGAUACUAAAUAUUGCAAACAAUUACCUUCAUGGUGCCAUUCCUGAUGCAUUUGCUAAUUUGUACUCCCUAAAAGAGUUGGAUCUUUCAGGGAAUGGACAGAUUGAAGGUCUACUACCAGCUGGUCUGGGAAAUCUCACCAAUUUGCAUACUUUGUCUUUACGUAGAAACAAUGUUACCGGUGUAAUACCAAAAUCAUUUGCCAACCUCUGCAACUUGCGAACGUUUGAUCUCGAGUUGAACAAUAUAGGUGGGGAGGUGACUGAGCUUGUGCACGGCUUGUCUCAAUGUUCUAACAGCAACCUAGAAUCAUUAUACUUGAGUGGUAAUGAAUUACUUGGGGGAAACAUGCCCUACUCAUUGGGAGAGUUGAAGAAUUUGAAAUCAAUUGAGCUCAAGCACUGUUCUUUUUGGGGCUCAAUUCCCGAUUCUAUUGGGAACUUGUCAUCCCUAGAAAUACUUGACCUUCAGUACAACCAGAUGAAUGGAAGCAUUCCCGAAAGCAUUGGGAAGCUAUCAAAGAUUCUAUCGUUGGAUUUGGGCAAUAAUUCUUGGAACGGUGUCUUAAAUGAAGCACAUUUUCAGAACCUCUCUCGAUUAGAGCGGUUGGAUUUGUCAUCAGAUUUGUCUAAAAGUACAUUGGCUUUAGAAGUACAUCAGGACUGGGUUCCUCCUUUCAAGCUACGGUAUGUUGACCUGCAUAAGGUACAUAUUGGACCAUGGUUUCCUACAUGGCUUCAAACUCAAGAUGAAAUCUGGUUCCUUAACCUCAACAAUGUUGGCAUUUCUGACACUAUUCCACAUGGCUUUUGGAAUUCAUGCUCGAGUAUCACCAAUUUGAGUAUGUCUGGUAACAAGCUAUACGGACAGGUACCAUGCUUUCAAAUUCUCCCUUCGGCCAAUUACAUCGAUUUGAGUUCCAAUAAGUUUGAGGGUCCCCUCCCACUUUGUUUUAGUAAUUUGAGCCAGAUAUAUCUAAAUGAUAAUAUGUUUUCUGGGCCCAUCCCUGAGAACAUAGGUGAACUACUACCUAGGUUAUCUCAUUUGGACCUUUCUUCAAAUUUUGUUGAUGGAAAAAUUCCCCUUUCUAUUGGAAUGCUGAAAAAUUUGACAGCUCUUAGUUUGAGAAACAAUACGCUAUCCGGGCAUCUCCCUCCUUGUUGGGAGGAUUUACAAUACUUAUACUUCUUGGAUAUAGCAAAUAAUAAUAUAUCUGGAAGUAUUCCAAUCUCAAUGCAAAAUUUGACUUCACUUUCUGUGUUAUCAUUGCACCAAAAUCAUUUUGAAGGAAAGUUCCCUUCUUUCUUUAGAAACUACAAACAAUUGCGAAGCCUCGAUGUUUCAAGAAAUAGAUUUUUUGGAAACCUACCAACAUGGAUAGGAGAAAACUUACCCUAUCUAUUACGCUUGAACCUUAGGUCAAACUUCUUUAGUGGGCACAUACCUCAACAAUUAUGUCUUCUGGUUGGUCUUCGAAUUUUAGACCUUGCACAUAAUGAGUUUUCAGGAGGAAUCCCUCCAUGUCUGGGGAACUUUACUGAUGCUGACAAAGUGUUUCGAAGUGUCUUUUUUGUUGAGAAAAUGUCGGUGGUUUCAAAGGGAAGAGACUAUUUGUAUCAUUCGACUCUAGAUCUUGUUUAUUCCAUAGACCUUUCAUGCAAUAAUCUAUCAGGCGAAAUACCUGAUACCAUAACAAGUUUUUCAAGUUUGGUCAGUUUGAAUUUGUCAAUAAAUCAUUUGAAUGGAGGGAUUCCUGAGAAUAUUGAAAAUCUGAAUGCCUUAGAAUCGCUUGAUCUCUCGAGAAAUGCGAUUUCUGGUUCUAUCCCCGACAGUUUAGCUUCUUUGAACUUCUUAAGCCACUUAAAUUUAUCAUUCAACAACUUGUCUGGAAAAAUUCCACAUGGGAAUCAACUUCAAACACUCAAUGACCCUUCUAUCUAUCAAGGCAACUCUUUACUUUGUGGUCAUCCUCUUCUGACAAAGUGCUUGUGGGAUGAAACUGAACCUGGUCAUGUAGCACCGAUUGAUGAUGGCGAGGUGGACGAAAAUAAUGAAGAUGGAACUGACUCACUAUGGUUCUACGCUAGUGUGGUGGUUGGUUUUGUUGUUGGAUUUUGGGGAGUUUGUGGGACCCUUAUUGUUAAAACAUCAUGGAGGCUCGCUUACUUUCGGAUGUUUGAUAAUUUGAAAAACAAGAUUGCUAUUUUCUUUACAGAGGAAGUUGGGGAGUAG